ACUCGAUCUCGCACAUCCUCUCCAACAGUUGGGCCGUCAACCGUCAAAAGAAACGACUUCACAAUGUCUUCCGAGGCCCUCACUACUAUCCCUCUAACCUCCCUUACUCGCCUGUCUCAAGGCAAAGUCAGGGACCUCUUCAUCUUGCCCGACGGACAGACACUUCUCUUUGUCACCUCCGACCGUAUCAGCGCAUACGACGUUAUUCUCAAGAAUGGAAUCUCUUCCAAGGGCCACAUCCUGACGCUUCUAUCGGCGAAAUGGUUCCAAGUGCUUUCCUCCCGAGUACCAGGCUUGAAGCACCAUUUUCUGAGCCUUACUCCUCCUCCGGCACCUGAAGUAGUCGCUCCUGAGGAGCGGGAUAUGCUUCGCGGAAGGUCCAUGAUAGUUCGUCGUCUCAAGAUCUUCCCCAUCGAGGCAAUUGUGCGUGGCUACGUCACAGGAAGCGCCUGGGCAGAAUACGAGAAGGACCAGACCAUCCACGGCCUCGCACAAACCGCGGGCCUAUCGCGCUGCGAGCAGCUCCCCCAGCCCAUAUACACGCCCUCUACCAAGGCCGAGCUCGGCGACAAGGACAUCAACAUCUCCCCGGAGCAGGCCCGGGAGAUCGUGGGCGAUCAAUAUGCCUCGCGGAUCGAAGAGCUAGCUCUCGCAUGCUACAAAGCAGGUGCCGCCUACGCAGAAGAACGCGGCAUCAUCAUUGCCGAUACCAAGUUUGAGUUUGGCUUGGAUGAAGAAACGGACGAAAUCUACCUCGUCGAUGAGGUUCUCACGCCUGAUUCGUCGCGUUUCUGGAGCAAGGCCGACUACCAAGUCGGACGGGAACAGGACUCCUUCGACAAACAGGUGCUCAGGAACUGGUUGACGUCGAAUGGCUUGAAAGGAAAGGAGGGCGUGGCGAUGCCUCCGGAAGUCGUGGAGAAGACGAAGGGACGUUACCUGGAAGUGUACGAGCGGCUGACGGGCCAGACUUUGGAAGAGGCACUGAAGAAUUUGGAUUAAACAUGGCCAUGCUACGGCGCGUUGUUCUGUCGACCAACAACGCCCCUUGCCUCAACUGGUACCCGGCCAAGCUUGGAACGACCACAUCUCGGCCAUAUCGUAUUCAAUAGGUAGCUAGGAUUUCACACAAGGUAUCUUGGAUGGAGAUAGCUUCCAUAAAGUAUCUAGCCACUGUCAGCUGUCAGGCUUUGAGCAAGACAUCUCUAUGACCACCUGCCUAAA